AUGAAGCUCCUGAUAUUUGGGUCAGUAUUGCUGGCAGCUGUAUCGGCCUCCCCUCAGUACAGCCUACCAGCGCCCUCCGGCCCUGCUUUCUCCACUGGUUCAUCUAGCGCCUCUGUGUUCGGCGGCGGCAGCUCAGCAGGCUUCGGCGGCGGCAGCUCAGCAGGCUUCGGCGGCGGCAGCUCAGCAGGCUUCGGCGGCGGUUCUGGGUUCUCCGGUAGCUCAGGCUUCGGCGGCGGAGGCGGCGCUGGAGUCGGAAUUUCGGUCGGUGGGGGAGGCCUUUCGGGCGGCGGCGCGGGAGGAUAUGGAGGCAGAGGAUGUCGGGAGGGGGAAGUCCUGAACGUCGACGGCACCUGCGCCUUCCCGGAAAUCACAAGGAAUGUGUACGUUUACACCGCUCCGGAACAGCCACAGUCCGUGCUUCCGCCUCCCGCCGUUCCCCCGCCUCGAGUGGAGCACAAUGUGAUCUUCAUCCGCACCCCCGAACAGCCGGACUCCCCCGACCCCAUCAUCCUCCCCCCGCCGCGUCAGGAGAACAUCGUGUACGUCCUCAACAAGAACGAGCCAGGCAGCCAGAAGGUCAUCGAGGUGCCUGCUCCUCCCGCUUCCAACCCCGAGGUCUACUUCGUUAACUACGAGGAAGGCGAAAACCCGACGCUUCCAGGCGGCUUUGACCUUCAGACGGCUUUGACCGCCGCCACGCAGGGCGGAGGACAAGUCAUCGGUGGCGGUGGAGGCAGCGGCUUCGGGGGUGGUGUUGGAGGAGGCAGCAGCUUCGGGGGUAGCGUUGGAGGAGGCAGCGGCUUCGGAGGUGGUGUUGGUGGAGGCAGCGGACUCGGAGGUGGUGUUGGAGGAGGCAGCGGCUUCGGAGGUGGUGUUGGAGGAGGCAGUGGCUUCGGAGGUGGUGUUGGAGGAGGCAGCGGCUUCGGAGGUGGUGUUGGAGGAGGCAGUGGCUUCGGUGGUGGUGUUGGAGGAGGCAGCAGCUUCGGAGGUAGUGUUGGAGGAGGAACUAGCUACGGUAGGGGUGUUGGAGGAGGCAGCAGCUUCGGAAGUGGCGUUGGGGGAGGGAGUGGCUUUGGAGGCGGUGCCGGUGGUGGCAGUUUCGGAGGAGGAUUUGGAGGAGGUGUAGGUGGAGGAGGGUCCAUUGGAAGCGACUUCGCAAGUAACAUUAUAGCAGGAGGCUUCGACAUUAGGGCUUCGAGCGGCGGCUUCGACGAUUCAGGGGAGUUCGAGGGCGUUCCACAGUACGACACCUCUCUGCCGCCGGGCGUGGCAAGGGGCGUCAACAGCGCUUCGGAACCGGUUGUCGCUCCUCCCGCGCCAGCUAUUGUAUCAGCGCCAGCCAGUGUUUACUCACUGCCUUAA